UAAUGUACCUUUUUUCUCCCCUCAUAUUGUGGCUGCGCGCUCUGCUGUGCCGACACGAGAGUAGUGUGUAGCUAAGGUCACCCUGUGUGUGUAAGGUCUGAUAAUAGACGGAUAUUUAGUAGAUAUGGAAUAGGAUUAACUAAAAAUGAAUACACGAGCUGUGGGCAGUUUGUUUUUCAGGUCUCAGCGUUAUGCUUCUGGUGUCCUAAAGAUAAGGCACCACUGCGCGGGCCAGCCACAGGAUGAGCUAGCAGAGAACAUCAAAUUCAAACCAGGCCCCACCUCGAAGUAUGACUGGAUCGGGCCACCAGACAGACUGUCAAAUUUACGGCCCAUCAUUUAUCACAUCCCAGAGAAUGAGACCCAGCUGGAGAGGAGACUGAGGCAUCUGAGACAGGAAACAGAGGAUUGGAACCAUGAAUUCUGGAAGCAUCAGAAUGUCACGUUUAGCAAGGAAAAAGAAGAAUAUGUACAAUCACAACUGAAGGCAAAGGGAUUGACUGCAAGGGACGAGAACGGGCGAAGAAGGACCUUAAGUAGUGAGGAAAUGGCAGUCUUCUACAAAUACUUCCUUGACAGAAACUAUAAAAACCAUGAAAGCUAUAACAAAGAAUGGUACAGACGAAACUUCACCAUCACAAUCCUCAUGGCCAAAGUAGCUCUGCACAACCUGCGGAGAACCCUAACUGGUCAAGCACGAAGUAAAAGCAAACCUACUGCAAUGCCCAAAUAAAGACACUGUCAAUCAGUUUUCUCUGUUCACUUGUCGAUGGUUGUUCAUAAGGAGACAAAAUAUCACUGUAAAUAUUUAAGAUUUCAUAUUAAAAUAUUAUACUGUGGCCA